AUGUCUGCUACCUGUGGUUUCUUCUUCUUCUCCUUCACCCUUUUGUUUUCUUUCUUCUCCUUCCUCAUCUUCGUCACCAGGAUGAAGCCCUGGUGUAAUUGUGAUAUCUGCAAGAGUUACUUGACCGUCGCCUGGGCCACCAAGUUCGCCAACCUCUGCGACUGGUACGCCCAUCUUCUCCGAAAAUCACCAUCGGGCACCAUCCACGUCCAUGUCUUGGGGAACACCAUAACUUCCAACCCCGACAACGUUGAGUACAUUCUCAAGACAAAUUUCCAAAACUACCCCAAAGGGAAACCCUUCUCCGCCAUCCUCGGCGACCUUCUGGGCCAAGGGAUUUUCAACGUCGACGGCGAUUCCUGGCGGUUUCAACGCAAAAUGGCGAGUCUUGAACUCGGAAGCGUCGCGAUUCGCUCCUACGCGAUGGACUUGGUCAACGAGGAGAUCCACGCGCGGUUAAUCCCUCUUGCAGCCUCAACCGCGCGUGGCGAAUUCAACGCAAACCGCGUCUUGGAUUUACAAGACAUACUAAGAAGAUUCUCGUUCGACAACAUCUGCAAAUUCUCGUUCGGUCUCGACCCGGGUUGUCUCCUUCCCACUCUUCCCGUUUCGGACAUCGCCGUCGCGUUUGACCUUGCCUCCAAACUCUCAGCGGAACGCGCCAUGGCCUCGUCGCCGUUCAUUUGGAAAGCGAAGCGACUUUUUCGCACCGGUUCGGAGAAAAAGCUGAAAGAAGCGAUCAAGGUCGUCCACGACGUCGCAGACAAUAUGAUAAAGCAACGGAGGGAAAUGGGGUUCAACUCGCACCGCGACCUUCUUUCGCGGUUCAUGGGAUGCGUGGACGACGACGCUUACUUAAGAGAUAUCGUGGUGAGUUUUCUUUUGGCGGGUCGCGACACGAUCGCGUCCGGGUUAACGGGCUUUUUUUGGCUGCUGUCGAGAAGCCCGGAAGUUGAGGCGCGUAUCCGGGAGGAGGUAGGCCGGGUGGUAGGCCCCGGCCUGGAGUUCCCAACGUUUGAGCAGAUUCGCCAUAUGCAUUACCUGAACGCCGCCGUUCACGAGAGCAUGAGGCUGUUUCCGCCCAUUCAGUUCGAUUCGAAGUUCGCCACGGAGGAUGACGUGUUGCCAGAUGGUACUUUUGUACGGAAGGGGAGUCGGGUCACUUAUCACCCUUACGCCAUGGGCCGGAUGGAGAACAUUUGGGGGCCCGAUUGUCUCCAAUUCAGGCCCGAAAGGUGGUUGCGUGAUGGGGUGUUCGUGCCACCGUGUCCUUUUAAGUACCCCGUUUUUCAGGCUGGUCUAAGGGUGUGUUUGGGGAAGGAUUUGGCUUUGAUGGAGAUGAAAUCCGUUGUAAUCUCGUUGGUUCGGCGGUUUGACAUUCGGGUCGUUGAACCGGAUCUGGACCUCCGAUUCGCGCCCGGUCUAACUGCCAGUGUAAGAGGCGGGUUACCGGUUCGGGUUUCCGAAAGGAAAUAA